AUGAUGAUGUCAGACAUUACUAAGGACAGAACGGCUCAUUCAUUGAAGAAAAGGGGAAGUUCCUCUUCUCUAAGCAGGAAGGAGCUUCAUGGGCGCACCAAGGACUGUCUGAGUACUGUGUCUUACAUGGACGAACCGAGCCAGCGUGACGUUGCCUCUCGCCUUACAGUUCAGAUGGAAAACACCUAUCAGCUUGGGCCUACCAAACAUUUUCCUGUGGCUAUUGUCAAUCAUGUUCUGGAAGAUGUGUUAACUAACUAUCUACAAGAAGAACAAUAUGAACCAGAGCUCUGUAGACAGAUGACUAAAACAAUUUCUGAGGUUAUUAAAGCACAGGUCAAGGACUUGAUGAUUCCACGUUACAAGCUGAUUGUGAUUGUUCACAUUGGACAACUGAAUGGCCAGAGCAUAUUUAUUGGAAGUAGAUGCCUGUGGAAUCCUAAAAGUGAUAACUUUUCAUCUUAUGUUUUUAAAAAUUCUUCACUCUUUGCUCUUGCAAAUGUCUAUGCAGUUUACUUUGAAUGA